CUUUGCACUGCUCCUCAUCUUUUUACUGUUGAAGUACAUACCAGGAGCAGAGAGUAUGCUCAGUAGGUCCAAUUUCCUCCAAAUGAGAAAAUUUGUGAAGGUAGAAAACCAGCGAAGAAGCUAUUCCUGGAAGUCAUUGGCCAAGCUUCCCAACUACUGCAUCUUUCAGACCGAGAUCCCAAAGGCCUAAAUUUACCAAUGUUGUUGCAAGAUCUCAUUUUUCUACCAUGAAAUCUUUACUGAAAUCUCCUCUUUUUAAAUCCUGCUGGAUACUUACAAGGCCUCAUCAGCCAUUUUACGGACAUCCCAGGUUUCUUAGUUCUCCCAUUUUUGCACAGUAUGAAGCUGUUAGCCAAGGAAAGCAGCCAGUCCCCGAGUAUUUUAACUUUGCAAAUGAUGUACUGGACAAAUGGUCACAACUUGAAAAGGAUGGGAGGAGGCCUUCCAACCCAGCCCUUUGGUGGAUAAAUGGAAGAGGCGGCGAAGUGAGGUGGAGCUUUGAAGAGCUGGGACUCUUAUCCAGGAAAGUGGCCAAUAUACUCUCAGACCAAUGUGGCCUACAAAAGGGAGACAGGAUCCUGGCCAUUCUGCCCCGGAUCCCAGAAUGGUGGCUGGUGACUGUGGCUUGCAUAAGGACAGGAAUCACCAUCAUCCCUGGAACAACCCAACUGACAGCAAAAGACAUCCAGUACAGAUUACAGGUUUCCAAGGCCAAAUGCAUCAUUACCACGGAUGCUUUGGCCCCUGCAGUGGAUUUUGUAACAGCUGAGAAUCGGGAUCUGCAAGCCAAGCUGAUGGUAACCUCUGAAGGCAAAAGAGACGGUUGGCUGAACUUCAACGAACUGCUCAAGGAGGCACCAGCUGACUACAUCAAUGUCCAAACAAAGAUUCAAGAUCCAAUGGUAGUUUACUUCACCAGUGGAACCACAGGGCCUCCUAAGAUGGCAGAGCUUUCUCAGGGGAGCAUGGGUUUCAGACCAAUCAUCAACCAAAGAUGCUGGCUGGAUUUGACUCCUUUGGACAUCAUGUGGUGCACUGCAGACACCGGCUGGGUGUUGAAUAGCCUGGGCGCUGUUUUUGAUCCAUGGGUUUUGGGAUCCUGUGUCUUUGUACAUAAUCUGCCACAAGUAGAAUCAACAACCAUCCUAAAUACUCUCUCCCGAUUUCCCAUCACCACCAUCCUGGGUGCACCAACCUUGUUCCGCAUGUUGGUGCAGAACGAUCUGAGCAGCUAUAAAUUCAUGAGUCUGCGGCACUGUGUAAGUGCAGGGGAACCGCUAAACCCUGAAGUGAUGGAGAAAUGGAAGAAGAAGACAGGACUAGACAUCUACGAAGCAUAUGGGCAGACAGAAACAGGCAUGAUCUGUGUGGUUCGCAGAGGGAUGAAGAUUAAACCAGGUUCGAUGGGAAAGGCAUGUGCGCCAUAUGAUGUUCAGAUUGUAGAUGAAGAAACAAAUAUUUUGCCUCCUGGAAAAGAAGGAGAAAUAGCUAUUAAAGUGGAGCCAGAAAGACCACUGGGUCUCUUCUCUCGCUAUAUAGACAAUCCUGGUAAAACAGCUGCAACAGUACGAGGAGGUUUUCACAUUACAGGGGACAGAGGAGUGAUGGAUAAAGAAGGAUACUUUUGGUUUGUUGGGAGAGCGGAUGAUAUCAUCAAUUCUUCAGGGUAUCGUAUUGGACCAUUUGAAGUAGAAAGUGCACUUCUAGAGCACCCAGCAGUAGCAGAAGCUGCAGCUAUCAGCAGCCCAGACCCACUCAGAGGAGAGGUGGUGAAAGCGUUUGUGGUCUUGUCUCCCGGCUAUAUGUCUCAAGAUAAGGAGAAAUUAAUUCACGAACUGCAGGAACACGUCAAGAAAGUGACAGCUCCAUACAAAUAUCCAAGGAAGAUGGAGUUUGUUCAGCAGCUGCCAAAGACAAUCACAGGGAAAAUCAAACGGAAUGAACUGAGGAACAAGGAAUGGGGGCGAGUUUAACAUGCGCAGCUUUCUGAAUUCUGUGGACAUUUAUUCAAGGCCUACUAGUGCUCUUUUGCAGUUAAAAUGUGGACCAUCAGACACAUGGGCACAACUGUCAAAACUGCUACGGGGGUCUGAAAGACCAAGAUUAUGAAAGACCAAUGUGACUGAUGAUAAUGCCGCAGCAUUAGUUUCGAUGGCUUUAUAGAUCUCUCCAUAGCUAUACAAUCUGUGUAGCACCAUCUUAAAUCAGGUUCAGCUUCUGAUGCAACUAAAGAUGCCAGCAUAGUUAUUUCAACAGGACCAAGUUCAUGCCCACAGGAUCGGUGUGAUUAAUUCAAGCAGCCAAAGUGCUCAGUGCAAAAUUUGGAUUGUCUAUCAGGACACAUAACACCCAAAAUCACAAGCCUGAUAUAAAAAAAUCUACCAGAUUGGGAAGAAGCAUGAAACAUUUGAUACUUAUAUCUGCAACAAGCCGUCAGAGGUCCUGUUAAAAAUCCCUAGCGAUUCUCUUUGCUUGACAAAAUUUAUUCCCCCACGUUAUUUCCACGUUUUCAUGUGAAAAACACGCUGUGUGCUUUUAAUCUGUAUGCUCAAAAGUAUGAUCUUUGGAAUAUAUUACAGUCUGGUUUGUUCAUGUGUAAAUCUAUAAGGCAAGGCUGGGAAAUAUCUGGCCUUCCAGAUGUUCUUGGAGUCUGUGACACUAUUCCUCUUCCAAGUUCUUCACUCAGAAUGUAACUCUGCGCACCCACUUUAGUUCUCUUAUGAUAUAAGGUGCCUCAUAAUAUGAACAAGCUUAUGUGCUCUUCGGGAUUCUUGUUUGAGCAUGGUUAAAAGACUAAGGGGCUAUGUAGAUGGGUGGCAUGCAGCCACCCCUGUUAACCCCGGAUCAGGGCCACAGUAACCGCAUGCAGCAGAACCGAUUCUCUCUCUGGAGGGAGCAAAAAGAAGCCGCCCCAAGCUCCCUGGAAGGGGCAUCAUUAAGCAUGGUGCCAUUUGGAUGCUGCACCACAGUGGCAUCAUCAUGGCAUGCAUCAUGUAAAUCGGCACAUGCCAAAAUGGCACCAUAGUGGCGAAGUCAUGGCAUUGAGCAUGCUGACACUAUGUCAUGACUCCACCCACAGGUUGGCAUUUCAUUUCUGUGCAGACCCUGAGUUAACAAUAUAGGCAAAACUUAACAAGGUUUUUUUUUAAUGAUCACAAAUUUGAAAUGGAGAUCCUAUCAGUCUUAUAAUUUGUAUCAGACUCCAGCUCUUCCUGAACUCUCACAUAUCACUACUCUCUUUCUCCUUCCUUCCUUCCUUCCUUCCUUCCUUCCUUUCUUUCUUUCUUUCUUUCUCUCUAAUGACAACUCUCCAUAAUAUAUAAUUUGUCAAGAACAAGUUGUGCCAAACUAAACUUAAAUCUUUUUCUCAAACUGGGUCACUAGUUUAGUAAAUGGUGGGAAUAAUGUGGACAUUAUCUGAAUUUCAGCAAAGGUAUGUGAUGAAGUCCCCCGUGAUAUUUUGAUUAGCAAACUGAUUAAA